CACAGAUGCGGAGCGGCAGCUCUUCUGCUCUGAGCGCCACUGAACAGACACGGACGGACAGCACCAUGACUGCGAACGCAUACGACGUGAUCGUGAUUGGCGGAGGCAUCUCAGGUCUGAGUGCCGCCAAGCUGCUGGUGGACAGCGGCCUGAAUCCUGUGGUCCUGGAAGCCAGAAGCCGUGUUGGUGGAAGAACCUACACUGUUCAGAAUAAGGAGACCAAAUGGGUGGAUCUGGGAGGAGCGUACAUUGGACCAACUCAAAACCGCAUUCUAAGAAUAGCCAAACAGUAUGGGGUGAAAACAUACAAAGUCAAUGAAGAGGAGUCUCUUGUUCAUUAUGUGAAGGGAAAGUCAUACCCAUUCAAAGGGCCUUUCCCUCCCAUGUGGAACCCUUUUGCCUACAUGGACUACAACAACCUCUGGAGGACAAUGGAUAAGAUGGGAAUGGAGAUUCCUAAAGAAGCUCCAUGGAGAGCCCCACAUGCUGAAGAAUGGGACAAGAUGACCAUGCAGCAACUCUUUGAUAAGAUCUGCUGGACCAGGUCAGCUCGCCGCUUUGCCACUCUGUUCGUAAACGUGAACGUGACCUCGGAACCCCAUGAGGUUUCGGCUUUGUGGUUUCUUUGGUACGUCAAGCAGUGCGGUGGCACAAUGAGAAUCUUCUCUACCACCAAUGGAGGACAGGAGCGCAAGUUUGCUGGCGGUGCCAAUCAGAUCAGUGAGGGGAUGGCAAGAGAGCUGGGUGAUCGAGUGAAGCUAAGCAGAGCUGUGUGCAGUAUUGACCAGACUGGAGACCUGGUGGAGGUCAGGACGGUGAAUGAGGAGGUUUACAAGGCCAAAUAUGUCAUACUUGCCAUACCCCCUGGUCUCAACCUGAAGAUCCAUUUCAACCCUGAGCUGCCGCCUCUGAGGAACCAGCUCAUUCACAGAGUGCCCAUGGGCUCAGUCAUCAAGUGCAUGGUUUACUACAAAGAGAACUUCUGGAGGAAGAAGGGAUACUGUGGCAGCAUGGUGAUCGAGGAGGAAGAUGCACCUAUUGGUCUCACACUAGACGACACUAAGCCUGAUGGGUCUGUGCCUGCUAUAAUGGGUUUUAUUCUGGCACGAAAAUCACGGAAGCUGGCAAAUCUGACGAGGGAUGAAAGAAAGAGAAGGAUCUGUGAGAUUUAUGCUCGUGUCCUGGGAUCAGAGGAGGCGUUAUAUCCUGUGCACUAUGAGGAGAAAAACUGGUGUGAGGAGGAAUAUUCUGGUGGCUGCUAUACCGCCUACUUCCCUCCCGGUAUCAUGACACAGUUUGGCAGGGUCUUGCGGGAGCCGGUGGGCAGGCUGUACUUUGCAGGAACUGAAACGGCCACAGAGUGGAGUGGUUACAUGGAGGGGGCCGUGCAGGCGGGAGAGAGAGCCUCUAGAGAGGUUAUGUGUGCAAUGGGCAAACUCCAUGCGAGUCAGAUCUGGCAGUCAGAGCCCGAAUCGAUGGACGUCCCAGCCCGGCCGUUUGUCACCACCUUCUGGGAGAGAAACUUGCCAUCGGUUGGAGGAUUCCUCAAGUUUAUGGGUGUGUCCUCAUUUCUGGCAGCAGCCACAGCAGCAGGAUUGGUCGCCUGCAAAAAGGGGCUCCUCCCACGGUGUUAAAGCCCCUCCCACUUUCUGCAAAGCUGUUCUCUGUGAGCUGGCCUUGUGAUUGUGGCAUCCAAUCACUUAAUCAGGGCCACAAUGCCGACUGGGUAUGAGGCCAAGUUACUUAGAUGAGUUUUGACACAAUCGCUCAGUCAUUAAAAAAAUUAACCAAGUGAUAAUUAUGGCAUAAUGAGUAGCUACUAAUUGUUAAUGUGGUAAUUGCCCUGUCAAACAGUUCACAAACAAGCCACAUUAAACGAUAUGAAAGUGUGACAUUCCAUAACCAUUCACCGCGUAUGUUUGCAAGGGUGUAUGUGUGUGUUUUCACCAGUCUUAUUGAUUACCUCUGCUAAUAUCAGGUGCUGUUCUCAGGAAAUCAUUAAUUAUCCUUCCAAAACAAGCAAGUAACAUUACUGAGAUUAGAUAAGAUUAGUGACGCAUUUUAUCAUGCUUUGUGAUAAUAACCUUCCACAUAAUGCAACACGGCACAGCACAAUUCACUAUAUCAUUCACGAGAGAAGCAGAGCCGGUUCAUAUCGUAUUAUGAAUAACACGCCAUGACAAUGUUAAAUUACCAUUAGCGCUUGAAGUGACUGGUAGAAAAAUGAAGUUGAGCAGUCAUAAAGAGCCGAUUUGAAAGAUGUCCCAGUGUUUCAUGUCAUUUCUAAAAGCUGCUGUGUUUUGUGUCGUGAUCUGUAUCUGAUUGAAUCACACGAAAGCAUUUGAAUGUACUUUGACAUAUUAGAUUUCUUUUUUUAUGUAACGCAGAGCAGUGUAUACUUGAAAUAUAAAUUAGUUUUUUGACAUACAUUGUCAACCGUCCUCAUUGUCCUCUAAGAAUUACAUAAUAUAUUAUUAAUUAUAAAAAAUUAUAGAUUUUAUGUAAUUCAUUAUCAUGUUUUAAACAAAUAUAAAGGCUUUCCCCAGUCUAUCUAAACGGUUUAAAUAGUUGUUCUUUUUUUUUUCUCCAUCCACAAACAUUUAGAUAGAUAGAUAGAUAGAUAGAUAGAUAGAUAGAUAGAUAGAUAGAUAGAUAGAUAGAUAGAUAGAUAGAUAGAUAGAUAGAUAGAUAGAUAGAUAGAUAGAUAGAUAGAUAGAUAGAUAGAUAGAUAGAUAGAUAGAUAGAUAGAUAGAUAGAUAGAUAGAUAGAUAGAUAGAUAGAUAGGCAAAGUAGAAAUGUCACUGCCUCACCUUUGUAGGAGUAACAUGUGCAAUAUUAUUUAAAGAAAAAUGACAACAAUGUUAUAGAGAUACACUAUAGUUUAUCAGAUUGUUGUGCUCCUCAGUUAUGAUAGAUUUAUAUACACAGCUGUGGAAAUCGUUUAGAGAAUCCCCAACAAUUAUCCUUUUCUCUGGAUUUAAAAUUUAUAUUGAUGUGUUUGAGAUUUAUUCUGUAAACUAUUGAUAACAAAUCUUCCAAAAUUAAAAAUAAAUGUGAUUUAUAUUUAUUGUUUUUUACAUAAAACAAUAAAAAGGCAGUGUUUUGGAAAUUUAAUUUAUUUUUAGAUGAUACAUUCCUUUUUUUUAACUACAAAAUAGUUUAGACAACAAUAUUUGGUGGAAUAGCCCUAAUUUUCAAUGACAACAAUAAAAAUAUAGACCAUUUUGAGGGAUGUAAACAAUAGCAAUGGUCCCAACAUAUUUCCUGUUUUACAUUUUUCAUUUCUACAGCUUCCGAGAACCCAAAAAGAGCCACAUAUUAAUAAAUAAUGUUAUGAUAGUUGUUUUAACAUUAAGUUAUGAUUGAAUAGUCACUUGUUACAGAUAUGAAAUAGCUUGAUAACAAGCAGGAAAUGUUCAUGGGCCAAUGACAUGACCACAUUGAAAUGGUCUAUUUGUUAAUCUGGCCAAUUGUCAUUUUCUGGGGAAAAGCUUUAUUUUCAUUUAAAAAUGUGAACCACGUUUUUUCGAUAUUUGUAGAAUAAAACUACUUUAAUGUAUUACUCAUACCUAAUAAAUCCAGAGACAACUGAGAAUUGCAUUGCCAUUUUUUUCCAUAGCUGUAUAUCAUAUCCAAGUAAAUGCUAUAUUGGUAGGAACAAAAAGUAGACAUACAUUUACUUAAACAAGUCUUAAAUUGCAAUUACCUGAAAAUGCAGCCCAAAAACGAGAUUUGAAAUGAAAUAGUGUUAUUGUGUGUACAUUUUUGUCGUUCCAAAGAUGCGUUGUAAUUGUUGUUUGUGGUGCCUUACUCUGAUGUAGUUUCCUCAUUUCUCAAGUGCCUCUGUGCUGAUAAUGAGCUCCUCCAAUCAUGAACAUUGUCCUUGGGUCAGUCACUGGCUACUUUAGGUGAUGCUUUAUAAAAACACGCUCAUAACUAAACAAAAUUUCUGAAUCCUGCGAAGAAUACAACGUAUGCUUUUCCUGAAGAAGCCAAUGUUGAUCCAGGACUGUCAGAAUCUGAGGCAAAGCCACUCCUGACUGUUGACUAGAACUGUUUGAUAAGAACAAUUGACUGUCGUAGCUUGAGUCUGGCCAACUGUGAACUUAGUGACAAUGAUGUGGUGACUUUCACAUGUUGUAGCUGCUGUUAACUCCUCCACCUGGUGUGUUAGUGAAUCGUGCCUCUCUGUUUGUCUGUGUGCUGUUAAUGCUUUUCCCCAAACUGCAUAACAUGGUCGUGUUUACCUGACCUGUCGACGCCUGCUUCAGUUUGCAUAGCUGCCCAGCUACGUUCAGACCCUUUUGUCUGAUUUUUGUGUGCGUAUCAAAAUGUCCAAUGGUCUAGUCCUGUAAUUGCAUCAUUUGAUCCCUUUGUACAAAUCCAACGACUGAUAAUAAAAGUGUGUGAUUUACUACCA